UUCCUCGUUUGACAGCAGGGGCUUGUUUUACAGCACAAAACAACAAGGAUGAAGAUUUCAUGGGACGAUGCGGCAACAGACAUGAUCGAGGAGACGUUAAGCUGAAAGGCCAUCAGCUUUAUCUCUAUCUCCGGCUGUGCGCUACGAAACAAACGCCAGGCAACUUGAAUAUCGACUGAACUGCAGAUGAAUGUCUGUGCCUUAACUGCCCCUGCAUUUGUUGUUGUUAGCCGCUAAUGCUAACCGUAGAAGUUCCGAGCUAGCUGGCCUAGCGUGCUAAUGGUUAAAGCGAGGAAACGAUAAUUAGCCGCAUAUGUUUGAUUUACUUAACGCUGUCCCGGCGAGUAUGCUCGGCGUUUGGUAGCCGAUGGAGCCAGCCAACCUCGGCUUCAGUAGUUCAAGAACUGCAGCUUUGGCUGAGCUUUUAAAGUACCAACCGUAGUAGUUACCUAGUUAGCUUACCAGUUAGCCACCACUACCCCUGGAAGAAUGAGUAGAAAACACCAUCAUUUUAAAGGAGCCGAAGUCAGUUGCUGUGUGAAAUACUUCCUAUUUGGAUUCAACAUUUUAUUCUGGUUACUAGGAGCCGCAUUCUUGGGCAUAGGCCUGUGGGCAUGGGCGGAGAAGGGCGUGCUGUCCAAUCUGUCAUCCAUCACAGACCUAGGGGGCUUCGACCCCGUGUGGCUCUUCAUCGUCGUAGGAGGGGUCAUGUUCAUCCUGGGCUUUGCCGGCUGCAUUGGAGCGCUCAGAGAGAACACCUCCCUGCUUAAAUUUUUUUCUGUGUUCCUGGGUUUGAUCUUCUUCUUGGAGCUGACUGCGGGGAUCCUCGCCUUUGUCUUUAAGGACUGGAUCAAAGACCAGCUCAACUUUUUCAUCAACAAUAAUGUCAAGGCCUACCGUGAUGACAUCGACUUGCAGAAUCUCAUUGACUUUGCCCAGGAAUAUUGGUCAUGCUGUGGAGCUCACGGGCCCGACGACUGGAACCUAAACAUCUACUUCAACUGCACUGAGCUGAACCCCAGUAGGGAGCGCUGUGGAGUCCCGUUCUCCUGCUGUGUCAAAGACCCUGCAGAGGAUGUCAUCAACACGCAGUGUGGUUAUGAUGUUCGGCUUCAAGGGGACCUGGACCGGCAGAAAUAUAUCUACACUAAGGGCUGUGUGGGACAGUUUGAGAAGUGGCUUCAGGACAACCUGAUUAUUGUAGCUGGAAUCUUUGUUGGUAUUGCACUUUUACAGAUUUUUGGUAUCUGCCUCGCUCAAAACCUCGUGAGCGACGUCAAAGCUGUCAAAGCCAACUGGUGACAGGAGAGGUGAUGUGAGGGAGCCCUGCCCCGCCCCUCAAGCCCAGCCAGGUCAACGCAGCACACAAAGAGUCCCGUCCAGCUAAAGAUGGAGAGCCGAGAAACCUUCUGUCUACUUUGCCAUUGAGCUAAGCAGCACAUACGCACUCUCACACUUGCAUACAUGCAGACACAAAGAGUUUACUUCCCUGUUUGUAUGUGACACUUGAAUGGGGAGAUGAAUAUCCCACACAAACCAAACAGUCAAAACUUUGUUUACCACUCAUCUGGGAUUUUAACCCAAAUAUACAGAGGACGGUCCUGCCUACUACAUAGUUAGAUUUUUUUUUUCUGUUUCCUCUGAUUCUGUUCUGUGGACGUGUAUUUCUGGGGCGCAGUUGCACAAGGACUCCUGACAGCUGGGAGAUUGGAAGCCAUGGAUGAAGCGUAAAAACAAAAACAAUAGCAAAGGGACAAUAAAGUCUCUUUUUUUAGGUCAAGCGUCACAUUGUCACAGAGCCUCUGCCCACUCAGUGAGGGGUUGAACAUCUUCUACAAAACAGCCUGUUUUUAACGUGCUUGUCCCCACUUCCUGCUGUAGGGAAUUGUGGGCGGCUGGCCGGGCCGGCCAACAAACACAUGGAUUCCCUCUGCGUGUCAUUUCUUCUCUCUCCAUCGUGACCUUUUAUGACCACUGAAAAGACUUUGAACACUGGCUGGUCAAGUCUGCAACUUCAUAUUAAUUCAGGAGAUUUAAAUUCUUACUCAAAAUGUAAAAAAAAAAAAGUGCCAUUAAUUUCCGGUGAUAUUUUUGUCUCCUUCCUGUUCUCUACAUGGAAUUUCUGCACCCCGCCCCACAGUACCUCAGGGCAUGGCCGAAAAUGUACGAGUUCUGCCACCGGUUAAAAGCAUAUCUAUUUUUUUCCAUCCAUGUCUGUUGAAUUUAAAUAGACUAACUUAAUGCAGAAAACACUGACAGUUCCUCGAAAGUCGCCCUGUCCUGUUAGCCCUGCAGUGAUUGUAUUAUCCGUAGAUUUACUGAAGGAUGUUGUAUUGUAUUAUAUGGAAUGACCUGGUGUGGUUAGGAUCGUAGUUCUAUGCUAUACAGGGACAAAGGGUUUAUGAUAGCUGAGAUUGUUGUUUAUCUCUGAGCAUCCCUCAGGCACAUGGGAUUGCUGGUUUGGGGCCUUUUUUACUUGACCUAUGUUACCACAUUUGUCUUACAUUUUGUCCUUUUACAUAUUGAAAAUGAGAAUAUUUGUCUGUUUAAAGAUGUCCUCUAUUCAUCCUUUAUUUCCUGUCCUUUCAUAGACACAGAUUUUUAAUCUGGGUUCAUUGUUUGACUUCACCAGGCACCUGUUUUACCUCCGACCCAUCAGUCAGCUGAGAAAUAGCAGUUUAUUGUUGAUGUUGUUAGCAGUCCAAAUGGAGACCAAAUAAUAUCAGCUGGCCACAAGCUAACUGCCAAGGUUUUGUCUGGCUAUAAUUGUGAUUUUAUUAGGAAUGCCAAGAAUAACAAAAAGCAUUUCUACAUAGCCAAAAUGUGAAUUUAUUGUCCCUUUUAUGUGGGGAAAGUGCCAGUUGUAAUGAGAAGUCAAACAAAAAUUAAAAACAAUGUUACAGUAUCACUUUUAUCUUUAAUUCAAUGUUGUGUCUUUUGUUUGGACUGGUUUUUAAAUAGAAUAGUAAAAACAUGCUGUUACCUUUUUGAUAUUAGCAACAGCCUCAAUAUAACAUGAAUGCUGCUUUAACGUUGUCUAGAUUUAUUGAUAUGUAGUACAAUAACCAAGCUAACAACACAUGAAAGCAUUUGGACUAUUUGCCAUGUUGUUUUUGUUUCCAGGCUUCUGAUGAUUUGUUCUUUUCUCAAGUUUACAAUUUGUACUCAGCUUAUUUUGCUCAUUAUAAAAAGAAAGAGACUCUUGGAUCACAGCAUUAAGUCAUCCUCACAGCAUUUCAUCUUCGUCCAUCAUCCUGACAGAAUGUAGUUUCUGAUAUGACUGGGUUCACUUGAUAUUUUUCUGUCUGCAUUUAACCACUACAGUUGUUUCUGGUUGUAGCAGUAUCACUCAGAUACACAGCGCAGGCCUGAAUGUGGGUGGGGCUUACUGGACAACACACAGGCUCAUAUCCAGACACACUCGGCAAACAUGUUUUGUACAGCAAACCUUUUCCUGCUUCCCCGAGUCUGUCUGUAGAAAAAAAAUAUAUAUAAAAUAAAAUAAUAUAUAUAUAUAUAUAUAUAUAUAUAUAUAUAUAUACAUAUAUAUUUAUGUUCAGUAACAGCACGUUAUGAUGCCGUGCUGUGCUCGACAUGUCGCAUGUCGCUUUCGCCCACGCGCUCCCUCUUCAGAACCCUACCUGAUCCGACUGCACCUGCUUCAGAGCCUGUCAUUUUGAUGUAUUUUUACACGCAGGGCUCGUUUGGCAAAAAAAAGAAGAGCAACACAAGACAAAACAACAAUCAUUUGGAUUUCGAUGUCAUGAAUGCGGGAGUAGAAUAGAUCCAGAAGAGCACGAUGCAUCUGUACUGGAGUGACUGAAGUGAGUCUUAAUGACUUCUCUCAGUUGAAAUAGAUGAGUUUCCAUAGGAGACGCUCAUUCAUCUGAGCGCUUAAGGUGUAAUCAGUUGAGUAAGAGCCUCAAGCAAUCUGAGAGAACAGACUUUUUUCCUCCUCCUUCAGAUCAAAUAUAGAAACAUUUACAUGAUAAAACACAACUUGCAGCUCUUGUAAAUUCUCACCCAAAGUUGCCACAUUUGCCUGAUGUGACAUGAUUUCUCUCUGUUCUUCUAAAUAUGUGUGUGGGCCUCUUUGAUUUCACUAACUGUUGUGAAUCAAUCUGUCCCACUCGGGUCUAGAAGAUCAGGAUGAAACCAGUGUUUAUUUUCCCUCACUACCUUUCUAGUUUAAUCUUUUGAAAAGUGGGUUGAAGCAGAUAAUGUGUGAUUAAUUAGUUCAACAAAUCUUUGAAGUGUUUUCAUUUUUUUUUUUUUCUAAAA